CUGCAUGCGGUUGCUGCCUGGCCUCAGUUUAGGCGGUUUUCUGAUGUCGGCGCUGCUGGCCCGCUCGGCCGCCCUCAACGCUGCCGCAGCAGCUCGCCGCCUCCCGGCUAGCACGUGCGGGCGUGCGGCAGCGGCUCUGCCGCGCCUGCUCGCAGCACCGGCCAUGGGCAGCCGUCGCUGCAGCGGCCUGCGAAUGGCAGACCAGAGCGCGGUAGCAGAGGCUCCGGCGCCGCCCGCGCCGGUCCCGCUGCCGACCAACGCUAACGAGCAGCUGCUCCGCAUCCGGCACUCGACGGCGCACGUCAUGGCGAUGGCGGUGCAGCGGCUGUACAAGGACGCGCGCGUGACGAUCGGGCCGUGGAUCGAGAAGGGCUUCUACUACGACUUCGACCGGCCCGAGCCCUUUGCGGAGAAGGACCUGCGCCGCAUCAAGAAGGAGAUGGACAAGCUCAUCGGCCUCAAGCUGCCGUUCCGGCGCGAGGAGCUGAGCUUCGACGAGGCAAAGGCGCGGAUCGAGGCGGCGGACGAGCCGUACAAGCUGGAGAUCCUCGACUCGAUCGUCGCAAAGGACCCCGACGCGCCCAUCACCAUCUUCCACAUCGGGGAGCCCGGCAAGGCGAACUGGUGGGACCUCUGCGCCGGCCCGCACGUCGAGCACACCGGCCAGCUGCCCAAGGACGCCAUCGACCUCGAGUCGAUCGCGGGCGCGUACUGGCGGGGCGACGAGGCGAGGCCGAUGCUGCAGCGCAUCUACGGCACCGCGUGGGAGAGCGCGGAGCAGCUGGCGGAGCACCGGCGGAUCCAGGAGGAGGCGAAGCGGCGGGACCACCGCGCCCUCGGCAAGCAGCUCCGCCUCUUCUCCAUCCAGCAGGAGGCUGGCGGCGGCCUCGUCUUUUGGCACCCGCGCGGCGCGAGGGUGCGGCGGCUGAUGGAGGACUUUUGGCGCGAGGCGCACACAGCGGGCGGGUACGAGCUGCUCUACACGCCGCACAUGGCGUCGCUCGACCUGUGGAAGACGUCCGGCCACUUCGACUUUUACGCCGACGGCAUGUUUGACCAGAUGGAGGUCGAGGGGGCGCAGUACCAGAUCAAGCCGAUGAACUGCCCCUUCCACGUGCUGACCUACAAGGACGAGAAGCGCUCGUACCGCGACCUGCCGCUCCGCUGGGCGGAGCUUGGCACCGUCUACCGCUACGAGCGGUCGGGCACGCUCAACGGCCUCUUCCGCGUGCGCGGCUUCACGCAGGACGACGCGCACAUCUUUUGCCUCCCGGAGCAGCUCGCCGACGAGAUCCAGGGCCCGACCCGCGUGCUCGACCUGACCGAGACCAUCCUGACAAAGUUCGGCUUCACCGAGUACGAGGUGAUGCUCUCCACGAGGCCCGACAAGGCGGUCGGCUCGGACGAGAUCUGGGACAAGGCGACGAGCGCCCUUCGCGAGGCGCUCGGCGCAAAGGGGUGGGAGUACGACGUCGACGAGGGCGGCGGCGCCUUCUACGGCCCAAAGAUCGACAUCAAGAUCCGCGACGCCAUCGGGAGGCUCUGGCAGUGCUCGACGAUCCAGUGCGACUUCAACCUGCCGCAGCGGUUCGGCCUCGAGUACGUGUCGCCGGACGGCGGGCGCGAGCAGCCGAUCAUGCUGCACCGCGCCAUCUUCGGGUCGCUCGAGCGGUUCUUCGGCGUGCUCAUCGAGUCGACGGCGGGCGACUUCCCCUUUUGGCUCGCGCCGACGCAGCUGCGGCUGCUGCCCGUCUCGGACGACUACCGGCCGUACUGCGACGCAGCGGUGGCGCGGCUCAAGGCGGCGGGCAUCCGCGCGGAGGUCGACCCCGGCGGCCGAUCCGUCGGCAAGCAGAUCAAGGUCGCCAACCAGGACAAGGUGCCCAUCCUGUCGGUGGUGGGCGAGGCCGAGGUUGGCGCGAACGCCCUCAAGCUCGAGAUGCGCAAGGGGGGCGAGCUGGGCGAGCUGCCGCUCGAGCGCGCCAUCGAGGUGCUCGCGGCGGCGGCGGAGAAGGCGGUGGAGCCUAUCGAGGCGCUGUGA